AUGCCUCGUCGAUCUGCCAACUCUCCUUCCGCCCAAGACACCCCUAACUCGCCGUCCUUUUCAUCUGCCUCUGGAAAGGGCGGUAUUGCCAUUAAGGCGCCCAUUACCAUAACCAACCGUUUCAGUCAGCUCUUUUCGACCUCCCCCAAGUCCAAGGCCGAGCCCCCUCAGACUGCCCAGGCUGUCCUCCAUUCAGUCAGUGGGAAUCUCCAUUCUAGUCCCGCCGCUCCGCCGAUCAGUUCGGCAUCACUGUCCUUACCGACUAUCUCUCUCUCGACUGCUACCGCAGAUAACCCAAACAUGGACGAACCGCCAACCACGCUCUUUCAGCCUCCCUCCGCUGAGGAGGCCCGUCGUCUGGCCAAGCAGCAUGCGCAGUUUGGUCCUAUCGGCCAUCAUAGCCAUCGAUAUUCCAGUCGUCAUCCUGGUGGUGUCUUUCCGGAACCUGUGAUGGAUGAACCGCCUUAUUAUUACCUUCUUACUACAUACAUCAGUUAUCUAAUCCUAAUUGCGUUUGGCCACGUCCGCGACUUUUUUGGAAAGCGUUUCCGCGAGGAAAACUACCGUCACCUGAAGCCCCGCAAUGGAUACGGCGCCCUCAACAGCGACUUUGACAAUUUCUACGUGCGUCGGCUCAAGCUGCGCAUCAACGACUGCUUUGAACGUCCCGUUACUGGUGUCCCUGGUCGCUACAUCACCUUGAUCGACCGCGCGACUGAUGACCACAACAAGCACUUCUACCUGACCGGCACCACUACCGAUACCCUCAACUUGAGUUCCUACAACUACCUUGGAUUCGCCCAGUCUGAAGGGCCAUGUGCGGAUUAUGCUGAGGAGAUCAUGAGGAAGUAUGGUAUUAGCACCCCCAGUACCCGUGCGGAGGUUGGAACACAGGACCUCCAUGCGGAGGUUGAGGACUUGGUUGCCAAAUUUGUUGGUAAAGAAGCUUCUAUGGUCUUCUCAAUGGGAUUUGGUACAAAUGCAAACAUCUUUCCUGCACUGGUCAGCAAGGGCUGUCUGAUUAUUUCUGAUGAAUUGAACCACGCGUCGAUCCGCUUUGGUGCGCGUCUCUCGGGGGCAUCCAUUGGUAUGUUCAAACACAAUGACAUGAGAGACUUGGAGGCCAGACUCCGUGAGGCCAUCUGCCAAGGACAACCACGCACCCACCGGCCCUGGAAGAAGAUCCUGGUCGUGGUCGAGGGUCUCUACUCAAUGGAAGGAUCGAUGUGCAACCUCCCAGGUCUUAUUGCUCUGAAGCGACGCUACAAAUUCAACCUCUUCGUCGAUGAAGCUCACUCGAUUGGCGCCAUCGGACCAAAGGGAAGAGGUGUUUGUGAUUACUUCAGUAUCGACACCAGCGAGGUUGACAUUCUCAUGGGCACACUCACCAAGUCAUUUGGUGCCAACGGUGGAUAUAUUGCCGCUGACAAGGAGAUGAUCUACAAGCUUCGCGCAACCGAUUCCGGUGUUCUCUACGGAGAGUCCCCCGCCCCGGCUGUUCUGGCACAAAUCUCGUCUGCGCUUCGCUUGAUUAAUGGUGAACUUAUUCCUGGCCAAGGUGAAGAACGACUACAGCGUCUGGCGUUCAAUUCUCGAUACCUUCGUCUCGGAUUGAAGCGUCUUGGCUUUAUAGUGUAUGGUCACGACGAUUCGCCAAUCAUACCUGUUCUUCUCUUCAACCCGGCCAAGAUGCCGGCCUUCUCCCAUGAAAUGCUUAAACGGAAGAUCUCUGUCGUCGUCGUCGGUUAUCCUGCAACGCCCUUGGUUUCGUCUCGCGCUCGUUUCUGUGUCUCUGCCGCUCAUACCAAAGAUGACCUUGACCGUAUUCUGACCGCUUCUGAUGAAAUCGGGAAUGUUCUUCAGCUCAAGUUUUCCACCGGUAUUGCAGGUGGUGCUUUGCCUGACAAUGGAGACAUGACACCUCCCCCUGAGAUGGAAAAGGAAUGGCGCCGCAAGCGCAACCCAAACAUCAUCCCCCCACGAUGGCAGAUUGAAGACGUCAUCAGACGAGGUGUGCAGGACGUGAAAUCACCGCUGUUCUAG